AUGACCAAUAUGAACACCAUAGAGGAGCUACUACGAGAGCAGCUAGAUACACUCAAGCAGAGGAUUAUACUCAGCGAGGAGGAGAGGGAUGCUGCGAAGCACAGGGCAGAUGCACUUGAAGGUCCCAGCCACGCUCUUCUACCACGUCGCAGCUACUUCUACUUAGGAACGUUGGCUCGAGAGAGGGACAAGUCGGACGCGACGAUAGAUCAGUUGCGGCAACUGCUGUUCCAGAAGGAUGAUGGUGAGGUUGUUCCUUGGGGUGGAGCUCUACUUACAGCGAAGGGGUCUCUCCUAGACGUCUCGACCCUGCAGAGAGAGGGAAUUGUAUUGAGCCCCUCUACUGAGCAUUCUGAUGGCAACUCGACUGGGGACCAAGUUCUGUUGGAGAGAGCGUCGGUGUCGAUACAGCACUAUCAUGCUGAAAAACUGGAGCAUAGUCGGCGGAGCGAAGCAGCUCUACUGGUCCUACAAAGCAAGGACGAGACGAUCGCUAAACUGAAGGAAGAGAAGGAGGCCAUGACUGCUGAUAAAGUGAAGUGGGAUGAGGAGAAAGCGUCAUUGACUGAAGAGAAGGUUGCCAUGCAGACUAGGUUCGAGUCACUGCUCACAGAGUCUGCUCGUCUGCAGUCUGAGGUUCGUCGCUUACAAGCACUGAACGAUGCAGCUGCUACAGAGUUCGAAGCUGUUCGAAAUGCGGAGAUAUCGUCUCGGGAAGAGUUGAAAAGCAGUCGCCAGGAAGUGAGCACUUUGCGAGCGGAGAUGACGGCUGAAAAGAAGAGGCGGCUCGCCGUCGAGACUGUUGGGAUGCAGACAGAAGAGGACUCGAGGGAAGACCUAUUGAAGGAAAAGGAGGCAUUGAUGGGAGAAGUGGAGAGGCUUGCCAAGGAACUGGAGUGUGCAAGGCAGGUGGCUGCAGAGCUCGAGAGCCGCGAGUUGCAGUUCCUCCGUGAACAGCAUCAGCAGAAGGAUACGAAACCCACUGUGUGUGUAGAUCACCAAGCAGCUGUUCAUGAACUGAGGAGACAACUGGCUGAGGUCGGCAUUGACAUGCAGCGUUGUAAGUUCGCAGAGAAAGAGGCUCUACGACAGCGCGAUGAGGCUAUAGAGGAACUGCAGGCCGAGCUGGAUCGGAAGAAUCCACCGCAGUCUACGAGAGAAGCGCAGACUCCUGAGGAGCUUGAAGUCACCUGGCCAGUGAAGGAGUUCCUCCGUGGACUUGAUCGGGUUGAGAACAGCAAGCUUGUAGCAGAGCUUCGUAGACAGCUGCAUGCGGCCGAGCAGGGCAGAUACGAUACUUUGGUACAGUGGCAGACGGAAAUGAAAGCAAUGACGGCUCGGGACCGGUGCUCUUUGAUCAGGGGAGACGAGGCGUUGCUUGUGAGACGAGUUGAACAGCUGACGGCUAAAGUCCUGACUCUAGUCCGCUUCGAGUACGACGCUAGAGUGCGGGCUCAGCGCCAGGCCAUUGCCUUGGAGGCCUCAGAAAGGAGAAGGCGACGGCUCCAAGACGCCCUCACACGGGUCCAGGGUCAGUUUAAAUCAACGGAGCAGCAAAGGGCGGCGAGUUUGCAGCACGUGAAGGGAACUCAAAUUAGCAGUGUUGCUGAGGAAGUAGCGAUGGGUAAAUACGAUCCGAGGCUGGCUACAGUAGAGGAGGCUAAUGAGAGGUUGAAGGCUCAUAUGGCUGAGGCUACUCGCCUACACAAGAGCCAAGUGGAGCGGUUGUUGGCCCAGAUAGGAUCGUUCGAGAAGAGUCUGCAGGCUAUAUCACAGAGUCUUCCUGAAUUCACACCACCUGCAGCACUUGAAGAGGUACUCGACAAGGUACGGAAGAAGGUACCUGAGGAUGGCUUCGACGUGGGAGAGCUGCUAGUGGCUACAGCAGAGAGGUUGUGGAUAGAGGAAGCUAAGGGCCAGCGUUUGCAGGCUCUUCUUGAGGGGUGGUGGAGGAAGUGGCGUUGCAGUGAGGAGGCAUUGAUGGCUGUGGUCGAGAGGGGUGAACACGGUGGAGCAGUCGCACUAGGGGGAGUGAGGUGGAAGCGCAUGGGAGACACCAACAGGUUGCUGCGGGAAGCUCUGGGGAAGGCUCUUGAGGGAGUGGACUUACUGAGCAAUGAGAUCGUCAGAGAACCGCCAGCUGUGGAAAAGCCGAUCUCUCCAGGAGUAACGGUAGAAGGUGGGGACGCUGAAGGGGUGUAUAAGGCGGCCAUUGAGGGCAUUACAGAGCGGCUGUUGGAGUAUAGCAGGCGCAUCGACUCAUUACAGAUGGAGAACAGCAGGUUGAGGGAUAAGGUGGAGAAGGAGAGGUUCCACGUUCACGACGAGGUCGACGACUCGAAUGCUGAGCAGAAGGAUGACGAUAGAAUUAGUCAGGUUCUCGUUAAGUUAUCGUCAAUAGAAGCAAGCAGAUCCAUCUUGAUGAACUUGGCAAGCAUCAACAGCACUGAAGUGGGUGGGGAGACCGCACCGAAGGAGCCGUUGAAGGUGACAACAGCAGCAUCUGAGGAGGUGGAGGAGAUGCUCAUCACCGCGCGUGUGGAGGGUGAAUGCAGGAAAAUGACGGCCCGUCAUAAGGAGGAGUUGGCUAGCCUCAGGCUGACUCUAGAGAAGGAGGUGCAAGAGUUGAAGGACAAGCUUGAGGCGGAGCGAGCUGUUUCGUUAGCUUCUAUAGAAGGGCAUACUGCCGAGACUUCAAGAGUAAAGCUGCAAUUGGAGCAACAACGGAAGAGGUUGGCGCUGUGCAUGCAAGCGGCAGCGUCGGAGGGUCAUGGUAGCGAUGCAUUGAUGGCUCUUGGGAGUGUCUGUGCUGAGCUAGCUAGGGUAGAGCGAAGGGAUGCUGAGGGUCGGUCGGAGGAAGAGGAGGGUAGCGAGGCAGCCCCGAUGGUGGGGUCGAGAGCUGAUAAGAAGAAACUGAAGAGAAUAAUAGCGGCUCAACGACAGGUUAUCCUUCUACUACAGGGGUCUACAUCGUCCGCUAGCAACGAGCCGACUGGACAGGCCCUGCUGAGAGUGCUGACUAAGAUUCAAGAGCAAGUCAGAAGUGUUGUGGAGAAGGGGCGGCCUCCUCCUCCUGCUGCUGGUGGUGGUAUGUCUUCCGCUGACCUAAGGCUUCUGCUCACUGCAUGCGGUGCUAUGGUGAGAGAUCUGACCAGGAAGCCACCAGCAUUUGAACAGCAAGGUCUGGUCGAGGAGAAGGAGCGUCCGAAGGAGUGUGAGGGAACUGCGAGGGGAAUCGACCAAGAUAAGGAGAUAGAGCGUCUAGUAGAGGCACGAGUAGAGGUCGAUGGAGAAGGACAGGAGCAUACACGUCGAUAUGAUGCUGUGCUCAAGAGGAUCGAAGUCAUGGCUGAGCAGCAGAGGAAUAUGCAUCGCAAGUGGGUUCAUCAAGGGCUGGGGUACAGUUUGAAUGCUCUUGUGACUCACUAG